AUGCACCAGGGGUAUGUGGGCAACAAGGCGGCGGUCUUCCCCCUGCAACUGCUGGGCUUCGAUGUGGACCCAAUCAACUCCGUGCAGCUCUCCAACCACACUGGGUACCCCACGUGGAAGGGGCAGAUUCUGGAUGGAGAGCAGCUGGGGGCGCUGAUAGAGGGCGUGGAGGCCAAUGGGCUGCUCUUCUACACGCACCUGCUCACCGGUGGCUCCUCUCCUUCCAUUCUCUCCCUCACACACUUUCCUUUCCCCCCUCUCUCCCUCUUUCCCUCCCUCCUUCCCUCCCUCUCUCCCUCUUUCCCUCCCUCCUUCCCUACAUUGACUCAAUCUGCUCCUCAUUCUCUCAGCUCCUCUCCUUCCAUUCUCUGCCUCACACACUUUCCUUUCCCCCCUCUCUCCCUCUUUCCCUCCCUCCUUACCUCCCUCUCUCCCUCUUUCCCUCCCUCCUUCCCUCCCUCUCUCCCUCUUUCCCUCCCUCCUUCCCUCCCUCUCUCCCUCCUUUCAUCAGAACAGAGCUGGCAGUGGCACUGGGCUGUCCAUGGCUUUGAGGCAAGCUAUAUCAGCAGAGUUGGCAUUGGCAACCCGUGGCAUUGCAACCUUCCUGACCUGAUUGCUCCUCUCCUCCCAUUCUUUCUCCCUACAGGCUGUGCUCGCACGAACCUUGCAGCACCGCUCUCCACCUCUGGACGGCACCGAGUCCUCUCCCACUCCCCCCACUCCCAAGCGCCUGGAGCUCUGCCUCGUUCAGAGCCGUGA